AGUAGUGGAGAUAACUUAGAAGGUGGGGGAAUCCAUAGUGCUUCUUCUCCAUUAAUGAAUAGUAAUAGAGUUUCUGGGGUUGCAGAAAUGUCUAGUACUGAAGCAUCAGCAGCAGCAUAUUCUGAACCAAGUAUGGAGCAAGCUGUUUCGGGAGAACUCAACGGGAAGAAAGUUUUGCGAAGAUUCGAUUCCUUGGACAUAGAAUCCUCCACUGUUCCCGGUCGUCAUGGCCAUGGCUCCAAGGUAGUGGGGUGGUCGGUGGUGUUGCAUUUAGCAUUCCAGAGCAUCGGAAUUGUAUACGGUGACAUUGGUACAUCACCGCUGUAUGUGUACGCGAGCACUUUCAGCCAUGGAAUAAAGCACAACGACGACAUUCUGGGUGUUCUUUCUUUGAUCUUUUACACCCUCACCUUAAUCCCUCUCAUCAAGUACGUUUUCAUCGUCUUGCAGGCCAAUGAUAAUGGCGAAGGAGGGACGUUUGCUUUGUACUCUCUGAUAUGCCGGUAUGCCAAGGUUGGGUUGAUCCCAAGCCAGCAAGCUGAGGACCGGGAGGUCUCCAAUUUCCAGCUUGAGUUGCCAAGUAGUCGUCAAUGGAUGGCAUCGAGGGUGAAGUCUAAGCUGGAGGGCAGCCGGUUUGCCAAGUUCUUCCUAUUGAUUGCCACCAUGCUUGGCACUUCCAUGGUGAUUGGUGAUGGCGUUCUCACUCCUUGCAUGUCAGUGUUAUCGGCUGUGGGAGGUAUCAAGGUAGCUACAUCUGCAAUGACAGAAGAUAUGAUUGUUUGGAUAUCAGUUGCAAUCUUGAUCUUCCUAUUUAUGAUUCAAAGAUUUGGAACCGACAAAGUGGGCUACACUUUUGCGCCAAUAAUCUGCGUUUGGUUCGCCUUCAUCGGGGGCAUUGGCCUUUACAAUUUCAUCAAAUUUGACCCAAGUGUUGUCAAAGCCAUUAAUCCAAAAUACAUUGUUGACUAUUUUCGAAGGAACAAAAAAGAAGCAUGGAUCUCCCUUGGUGGCACUGUGCUUGCCAUAACAGGAACCGAAGCACUGUUUGCCGAUGUUGGCCACUUCACAGUUCGGUCUAUUCAAAUAAGUAUGUGCUCGGUGACAUACCCGGCUCUCAUAUUGGCUUACACUGGACAAGCCUCCUUCCUUCGCCACCACAAUGAUCUUGUCAAGGAUACCUUCUACGAGUCCAUACCAGACCCUUUGUAUUGGCCAACGUUUGUGUUAGCUAUAUUGGCGUCAAUAGUAGCUAGCCAGGCCAUGAUUUCAGGGACUUUCUCUAUUGUUCAGCAAUCCCUCUCACUAGGGUGUUUUCCUCGGGUUAAAAUCGUGCAUACAUCGGCUAAGUAUGAAGGACAAGUGUACAUACCAGAAGUCAAUUAUCUUCUUAUGUUGGCGUGCAUAGGUGUCACUUUGGGAUUCAGGAGCACUGCAAAGAUUGGCAAUGCAUACGGGAUAGCAGUGGUAUUUGUGAUGACUCUCACAUCGGCCUUCCUAGUACUAAUCAUGAUCAUAAUAUGGAAAUCUCACAUACUCUUGAUAGUAUCCUAUGUUCUUGUUAUUGGCUCUGUGGAGCUUCUCUAUCUAAGCUCAGUCCUCUAUAAGUUCGACCAAGGAGGAUAUCUUCCCCUAGCCUUUGCUGCGGUAUUGAUGAGUAUAAUGUACAUUUGGAAUGAUGUCCACAGAAGAAAGUACUUCUAUGAGUUGAAUCACAAAGUUUCUUUGGAGAAGCUCAAGGAGAUUGGUACUGAUACAAAGUUUUGUCGACUCCCAGGCUUGGCCUUGUUCUAUUCAGAGCUUGUUCAAGGCAUCCCGCCCAUUUUCAAGCACUAUGUUGCAAAUGUUCCUGCAAUGCACUCGACACUCGUCUUUGUCUCAAUCAAGUCACUACCCAUCAGCAAAGUUCCUGUGGAAGAGCGUUUCCUCUUUCGUCGUGUGCAGACAAAAGACCAAAAUGUGUUUCGAUGUGUUGUGAGAUAUGGGUACACAGAUAGGCCUCAAGAGCAAGGGCCCCUUGAAAAAAUGUUGGUUGAGAGAUUGAAGGAGUUUAUUACAGAUGAUUUUUGGUUCAACCAAAGUAAAUCCAAUAAUGUUGAAAAUAUUGAUUAUGAUCAAGGCGACCAUGAAAACAAGGAUCUAAAUGAUCAUGUUGAUGAAGAGAAGUUGCAAGAGGAGUUGGGGAGAGAGAUUGAGGCUUUGGAUGAAGCAUGGCGAGCUGGGGUUGUUCAUUUGAUUGGUGAGAAUGAAGUGGUUGCUGGAAAAGGAGCAGGAAUAGGAAAGCGAUUUCUGAUCAAUUAUGCUUACAAUUUCUUGAGGAAAAAUUUAAGACAGACUGAAAAUGUUUUUGAUAUUCCUCACAAGCGGAUGCUAAAAGUAGGCAUGACUUAUGAGCUAUAAUAGAUCGAACAUGAAGAAAUUGCAGGAGCAUUUGGUAAGCUAAGGUGGUCAACUAUGUUAUCUCAAUAUGUCAUUACUUUGCCUUUUCUGGAUUAUUAUAAAUUAGAUUCAAGGGGCCAAGAGUGUUGGAUAUUUCGUGACAAUAUAUAUAUAGCUCUUCCUCUUAACGUAUGCAUAAAUUCUCCUCCCCAGCCCUCCCCAAAACCUCGGGUAAUGGGCGGAUUUUGUAAAUUUUAGAUUAAGAUGUUGUACAAUAUAUAUAGGAAAAGGCUUGACCUCAAUAAAA